AUGGUUUCAGAUGAGACGUCGCGACGUCUCAUCGAUGCUUCCCAGGCGUCGCACUCAACAUCGCUGCGACUGUCUGGGGAAACUGCUUGUACUGCGACACCUCUGUAUUGGGAGGCCUCUGUGACUUCGGACAGACAUUGCAGAGACAUCGUAGGAAUGUCUCAGCAUGCAGUCUCCACGACGCGACGUUUCUGCAACCAUGGACCUACUGCAGCUGGCAUCGCGAAAUCGUUUGGUGUUCUUCUCCAUGAGAUGGUGGUGAAAUUAAACUCAAACUACGCCAUAGUUGGAUUCAUCUGCAGCCUACCAUGCACACUCACAUACCUCGCAAGCCCAUUAGUAUCUCUAAUACUAGAAAGAGUGAACGAUCGACUGGUCGCCAGCGGAGGAGCAAUACUCAGCGCGACUUGCCUACUCAUAUGUGCUUUUUCAACUAAUGUUGUAGUUGUGGGCGUGGGUCUUGCAUUAACAGAAAGAUCGCAAGAGGCUUACGGGUACCACGGAAGUUUUCUGAUCUUAGCCGGCAUUGGUUUUCACGUCAUAGUGUGUGCUGUGGUAAUCCGUAAACCAAUUAAAAGUCAUUGUCCUGAAGCUAAGACAAUGGGACUGGUCCAAACAGAUAGCGAGAUGACAAGUAAGCUUAUACGACCGAAAAAUAACAACGCUCUGGGAUCAAUGGGUGAAGAUAUUCCUUCUCAGGAACAUCAGUCAAGCAGUACAGGAGUUGAUCAUUCAGCGAUUUGGCUUGAUGACGUUGAUGUUGGUGUGACCACUGAACACUCACCGCUGAUCACCGAAAAAGACGACGACGAGCUGACGGGGGCGUCUGCAGGGACAUCGAAGGACAUUACCGAACCUUGGUAUAAGUUCUGUUGCAGAGGUCUUACGUUUUAUGACUGGCUGGUCUUGUUGAACAUGCCAUCGUUUUACAUCUUCUCAUAUGCAAUGUACGGUUGGCUGCUAUUCUUGGUACCCCAUGCCGAAUCCCUUGGAAUUAUCAGUUCUCAUGCGGUAUUUUUAUCCUCGUUGGCAGGUAUUGGAGGUAUCUUAGGAAAAACAGUGUUCAUUAUUCUCAUUUCUAAACGCGUUAAUCCUUUCCUGAUAUACAUCCCCGUCAGUAUUGUCUGCAGCCUGACUUUUCUCCUUGACUUCGUCGGAUCAGGGUAUCCUGUACGGGCUAGUUUGGCGUUCAUCCAAGGCAUCUGUUUCUUUACUGAAGAUACUAUGCCCUUUGCCGUGGUAAAGAAGAUUACAUUUGACCCAGUCAAAUUCAGACGAGCUUCUGCAAUGCUUUUUUUCUUUACUGGAUUAGGAAGUACCUCAGCAGGUUAUAUAACAGGAUUUCUGUUCGACAUAACUCAAUCCUACACCAAGGUCUUCAUGUUCAUCGGUGUUCUUCACAUUGUUUCUUUGGUAAUCUUGAUCACCACCGUUAUCUUAUUGAGAACGCAUUCACCGAGGAUCACCACGGAAGGGAACAAGUGA